GCUGGAAGGCAGGAUUGGCCAAGCUCACCAUCCACACCCACCUACUCUUCACAAGUACUACAGUUCAUAUUUGACGGAGUCUCCACAUUGAAACAAGACGGGAUUGUUGUGCCUGGAUUGUGAAGAAAUCCAGUGAUAGAGAGGAAUUCCUGCUUUCGCAGAAUCAAGUUGUUUUUGCGAUCAAAACUUGGGUGAGAGUUCUCAGUUGUCCUAGAAGCCUGGCUAGAGACAGAUCUCUCAACAUGGCACAUCUAGUCGGCGAUCUCGCCAAAUACUUCCAGUUGGAUGAAAUCAACAUUGACAACUGGCAUUUCAAGCUGUAUUAUAAAGGUUGCGUGAUCUUAUUCUUCGCUGGUUCUAUGGUGGGAGUCCUCAGCCAAUACUUUGGCGAUCCCAUUAACUGCGACUUCACCACCAUCGAUUCAGAUGUGGCGUCGGAUUAUUGCUGGAUUCACGGAUCCAGUUACAUACCCCCCGAGUACCAACCCCACAUGAAAUGUAUUGUCGACUUGGAUGGAGUCGUGAGCGAGGAUGAUGCUCCAGACACGUCUUAUUACCAAUGGGUGGUAUUCAUGCAGGUGUUCCAAGCGGGCAUGUUCCUCUUCCCCUACAAAUUGUGGAGCCAUUUCGAAGGAGGCUUGCUGGCCUCUUUUGGCAAAGAUGGCAAAUCUGCCAUCAUGCUCACUGCCGAAGUUCGUCGAGCAGACGAUGAGGAUGGGAUCGUAAUGGAGAUCGUGGCCGAGAAGUUCGUCAACUUUUUCAAAUCUAUACUCCACCACAAUCAAUGGUACUUUGCCAAGUAUCUCUUCUGUGAGUUCCUGAACUUUUUGUUCCUCUUUUUGAACUUUUGGGCCACGGAUCGAUUCCUUCAUGGGAAAUUCCGCUACUAUGGCAUCGAAGCCCUCCAAUAUUCCACACUGACCAGAGCCGAGCAGCGAGUCUCCGUGAGUCCUUAUUGCGCCAUUUUUCCCACCGAGGUCAGUUGUACUGUUCCAAAUGUGGGUGCUGCUGGAGGCGAGCAACAUCAUAAUGGCAUGUGUGUCCUCACUCAAAACAUUAUCAAUGAGAAGAUCUAUCUGGCCAUUUGGUUCUACUUGGCCUUUGUCCUGGUGGUGUCGUUUUGCUACAUGGUGUUCCGGAUCUUCACCCUGUUCUUUGACCGACUCCGAUUUGUUAUGUUGUAUAGCAAAAUCCGGAAUGAUUAUGACAAGGAUAUCCGAGAUGCCUUGGAGUACGUGUUGUCCAAGUGCUAUCUGGGCGAUUGGUUCGUCCUCCACCAGUUGAGCAAGAACGUCAAUGUGUACUUCUUCCGAUGCUUCGUCAAAGAACUCCGGAACGAACUCAAGAACCGCCCCAAGAGGUCUCGAGCUCAACGAAAAGAGGACGGAAAAGAAGACUCGAAGAGCUUUAACCAUUCCUUCAAGAAUGGCGAAAAGGAUUCGUUGAUGAUGGAGAAAUACUCUGGCCAAUAAGCAAACUCAUAGAUAUCAAUCCAAGAUUCGUUAUACCCAAUCCUGAAGUUCAAUAAUGAAACCAUGGAACGCAACAAUCUCA